GAAAGACAAAAAAAAAAAGAAAAAAGAAAAUUGAAAACCGAAAAAGAAAGCAAGCGCUUUUACGUAUCUGCGGCGUGGACUUUUUUCACUGAACUCGUUUCAGAUCCGCAAACCAAAGACAAAAAGCAAAAUGGAAGCUUAGAAAUACAGAACCCAGAGAAGCAAAAGGCAGGUUUUUUUUUUUUUUUUGGUUUUAGUUUGAUGUUUUAAUGGCUGAGAGCCAAGAGCAAAAGCCAUCAUCUAAACCGUCGAAAACGGUGAUGUCUCAACGGCCGACGAUUACUCUCCCACCACGGCCUUUCACGGAGGCCUUAUUCAACGGUGGACCAGGCUUGAUGGGCUUUAGCCCAGGUCCCAUGACGCUUGUUGCCAACUUCUUCUCUGACACCGACGAGUUUAGGUCCUUUUCUCAGCUACUUGCUGGUGCCAUGGCCUCGCCGGCAACUGCAGCAGCCAUCCAAAGACCGAACUUUCCUCCUACUACGACAGAAGAGCAGGCUGAUGUCAGCGGCGCUGAAAUUGGAGCUAACACAGGGUUGCGGUUCAGGCAGAAUAAGCCGGCUGGUUUGGUGAUAGCGCAACCGCAGCCUAUGUUUACGGUGCCACAAGGGUUGAGCCCGCCGAACUUGUUGGAGUCUCCAGGGUUUAGUGUGUUUUCUCCUGGUGCCCAGGGACCUUUUGGAAUGACACACCAGCAGGCCCUAGCUCAGGUCACUGCCCAGGCUGCACAAGCCCAUUCACAUAUGCAAACCCAGGCUGAAUGUUCAUCAGCACCUGCUGCAUCUUUGGCACAGGUUUCAUCUUUUACUGCCAGUACGACCACAAACCAGCAGAUGCUAACCACAUUGCAAGACUCCAGUGUUGCUAUGAAGAAACCAUCAGAUGUAUCUCAAUCCGAUCAGAGAUCCCAACCUGUUUCAUUUAUAGUUGAUAAGCCUGCCAAUGAUGGCUACAACUGGCGAAAGUAUGGGCAGAAACAGGUAAAAGGCUGUGAAUUUCCUAGAAGUUAUUAUAAGUGCACGCAUCCUGGUUGUCCCGUCAAGAAGAAGGUUGAGAGAUCACUGGAUGGCCAAGUCACUGAAAUCAUCUACAAAGGACAGCACAACCAUCAACCUCCUCAGUCGAAUAAACGUGCAAAAGAUAGUGGAAGCUUAGAUGGAAAUCCAAAUAAUCAAGUAAAUUCUGAAUCAGCUUCCCAACUUCAGAGUGGCAACUUGAACAUAAUUAAAGAACGGACAUCUGGUUAUUCAACGUCUAAGAGGGACCGGGAAUCUAGCCAAGCUACAGCUGAACAUCUUUCCGGGACGAGUGACAGUGAGGAAGCAGGUGACAAUGAAACUGGUGCAGAUGAAAAAGAUGAAGAUGAACCUGAGCCCAAAAGACAAAGUACAGAAAUUAGGGUUUCAGAGCCAGCUUCUUCACAUAGGACUGUUACAGAACCUAGAAUUAUUGUGCAGACAACAAGCGAAGUUGAUCUCUUGGAUGAUGGCUAUAGGUGGCGCAAGUAUGGACAGAAAGUUGUCAAAGGCAAUCCUUAUCCAAGAAGCUACUAUAAAUGUACAACCCCAGGAUGCAAUGUCCGUAAGCAUGUUGAGAGGGCUUCAGCAGAUCCCAAGGCUGUUAUAACAACAUACGAGGGAAAACAUAAUCAUGACGUACCAGCUGCCAGAACUAGCAGCCACAACACAGCCAACACUAAUGCAUUACAAGUAAGAACGCAGAAUAUAGAAACUGUGAAGCAUGCUAUAAAUAACAGGGCAGAUUUUGGGAGCAAUAGUCAACAGCCUGUAGCACGUUUACAGUUAAAAGAAGAGCAGAUAACAUAAUUUCUUCGAGUUGCAGCUAUGGAAGGGGAAGAAUCACGAGUACACUACAGCAUGGAAAUUUACCAUGUAUCAGUCAAAUUCUGUUUUAUUUGCCUAAGUUUGUAUUUCACACUCAAGGCUGAUGUUUUAAUGGAGGCCAUCAACCCAACUGAUAUGAUAUACAAAAGAAAAAACAAACAUAAGAAAGAAGUCAGUUUGGAACAAACUCACUUGGAUUGAAUUAGGAGGCAAUGUUGUAUGUAAACUAGUUUAGUUGGCAUAUUGUAUUUUAAUUAUGUUAUUCCAUGCAUUCUUUUGUACAUGGAAAUACUGAAUUAAUGUUGUUUCAUAUGAUCGUUGGCCGAUAAUGUAUGGAUCUCAAAAAUCUUUAUGAUAUA